CCAGGAGAGUGAUCAGAGUGGUUGGCCCACUUGGAGGUUUGCAAUGGGGAUUGUACAGGUUUUUCUUUGCAUUUUUGCUGGACAUGUCAUCACUGUUCAGUCAGUAAUACACGAGCUGGAUGCCAGGUUCCCUCAUAAUUUUGCAGGCUUUUUUGACCAUAUCAGGCCUUUUCCAUUUGAAGGAAACUUAGAUUUCUUUCCAUAUGACUCCAUCUUAAGCUCAUGGCGAAAUCCGACUCCUGAGUUCAACAUGCUUGCUGAAUUGCCUCCCAUCAUGGACAUUCCGCAAGUAGAGGUGUUUUGUGAUGAAUCUAAGCUAACCCUGCUGGUUAAUAAGAGGUCUAAUGGUGUCAAAUUGGCUGCAGAGGAGAUCCAGUUGGGUGAUGGCUGCUUCAGCAAUGGAGAGACGCCAAAUCAAUUUGUCUUCACUUACAGUUUGGAUGAGUGUGGAACAACACGUGUGAUGCGGAACGGUCUUGGGGUGUUCACCAAUACUCUCCACUUGAACACCGAAAAUCCUCCCAACACCUGGUGGCCAACGCCUUCCUCAGUGCACAUCUCCUGCAUCUCUAAGAGGUCAUAUAAUUCUCAAAACUUGAUUGUAUCAACUGCAUUUCCAAAGGAUGGCAAGACCUUUAAUAUCAAAGCCAUGAACCCAUCCUGGUAUGGCACCGCUGACUCUAAUGUGUAUAAAAGAGGCCAGGUUAUCAACUUUCAGGUGUCAGCCAGAACCAGGUACGAUCAGGAGCAGCUUUACAUCCAGUCCUGUUAUGUCUCUGCAUCUCCUGAGCCUUCGAUUAAACCCAGAUAUGCAGUCAUAAUGAAUAAAGGGUGCACCGCCCUCUUGGGUUCUCCUCAUGCUGCUGUACAAUUCGUGACCUCCAACAGAGCUGAUGUGGUUAAUUUUAUUCUGAACACAACUUAUAAUAUUUCUGAGCUGUACAUCCACUGUAGUGUCCUAAUCUCAGACAAGGGUGUCACCUUUGGCUCCAAAUCCUGUAACUACAAUGUGAUGAAGUCAAGAUGGGACGAUCUGAGUGGAACUGCAGAUGUGUGUGACUGCUGUAGCUCAAAGUGUAAAGGCCUGCCAAUCAGGCAUCUUGCUGAAGAUGCCAUGGCUGUUGUCACCACUGGACCCUUUGUCAUUGUGGAUGAAGAAGUAACAAGUCCUGAGCCUUCAGUUUCUGAUCCACAAGAAACCCCCAGUCUUACUGACUCCAUGCAGUCUGAUUCCUCUGAUGGUGCUGCAGCUACAGACAUGGUUGUUGCUGGUACUGCUUUAUCAAGACACAAGUUUUCUCAAAUCCCACAGGGUGUCAAUGUGGAUGAGCGAACAAGAAUAACUGCAGCUUUGUAACAUGUUCUGUAAUACUUUCAAUUAAUAAACUAUUGAAAAAU